AUGUCCACCUCACAGAAGCAUCGUAAUUUCGUCUCAGAACCUAUCGGUGACAAAUCAGUUAUGGAUUUACCAGGUGUUGGAGAAGUUAUUGGAACUAGGUUAAAGAAGAAGGGAUACAACAUGGCAUACAAUGUUCUCGGCCAAUACUUACUUCUUAACAAAGAUGAAGAGCUGUUCAUUGACUGGAUGAAGAUAACCUCUUCAGCUAACCAAAAGCAGGCCAAGGAUUGUUUCGAUGCCCUUGAUUAUUGGUGUGCAGCUUUUAUGCAGUAG